AAUUACCGCUCAGCUUCUCGCGGAGCUCUGAGGGACAGACAGGCGAGGCGGCGUCCGCUUAUCGCACGCGCACUUCUGCAAAAAACAACCCCAGUCCUUCAGCGAGAGCACUCUUUCAUUAGCUUGUCGUCACUCUAAUUAGAGCACCGCUGAGCAACAUGAAUCUGCUCGUACUAGCAACUCUUUUCUCAGUGGUUUUGGCCGAAAAAUCACCUCGGCUGAAAUUCAUCGUGAAUGAAUCACCUCGAUUUCGCUUCAUAAAACCAGAGAACUUCACUACAGUUUACCACCAACAGGAGACUGAUGUCCUGUAUGUGGGGGGCCAAGGGGUCAUCUAUAAGCUCAGUUUUCGUGAUAAAGAAGUGCAUGACAUUCAGAUCCCUGUGGUGAUGGAUGAGAAUGCAAAAGAGUUGUGCCACUCUAAAUCAUCCCAAUGGAAGCAUGAGUGUGAUAAUUUCAUCACGGUAAUUGAAAAAGUUGGUGAUUCAAUGGUGGUGUGUGGGACAAGAGCAGGAACUCCUAAAUGUUGGCUGCUGGUAAAUGACAGCACACUGACGGACAUGUCUGAGGAAACAGCAGCAUCUAACAUCUUGGCACCUUUUCCCUCUCAGCGCUCCAUCAGUCUGUCAGCAGAUGAGAAUCUGUACUCUGCUCUGUCAGCGGCUGCAGGACAGACUGGCACUAUCCGUCGCACAUUCGGCUCCAAAAAGCAGCUGAAGACAGAGAAUAAAUGGUUACAAAAUCCGCAGUUUGCAGGAGCCGCUGUGAUACCACACGAGGAGAAACUCAAAAAUGAGAUCUACUUCUUCUUCAGCGAAGUCAACAGCAGCUCCAGUCUAGAUGAAGAGCCGUACAGGGCACGGAUAGGACGAGUCUGCAUGGUCGACGAGGGAGGGCUUCAGAAUGUGCUGCCUAACUCCUGGACUACAUUCCUGAAGGCACGUGUGAUGUGUGGGAAAUCUGGAACUCCUGUACAGUACAACAACUUCAAGCAGGCUUUUGUUCUGACCUCUCAUCUCCGCACUGGCUUGAUCUACGGCAUUUUCUCCAAUGCCUGGAACACGACCGUAGUAUGUGCGUACUCUAUUGAAGAUAUUGACAAAGCCUUUUCUUCAUCCAAACUGAAGGGCUACAACUCACCGUUGGCAAAUCCACGUCCUGGAACGUGUGCUUUCAAGAAUAACACUCAAGCUCAUAACCAGAAGAUCCUGAGUGUGAUCAGGGAUCACCCAGAAAUUGAAGAAGUGAUCGGCCCGGUCCAUGACGUUCCUCUGGAGUUGUCUGUUCAAGACCACUUCACUCAUAUUGUGGCAGACACAGUCUUGGCUGUCAAUGAUGAACACUACAGCAUCAUUUAUCUGGGCACAGAAAAAGGUAAAGUCCUGAAGGUGCUCCACACCAUAGAAGGAGCCUUUAUCAUCGCACAGUACUCCUUAUUCCAUGACGACAGUCCUGUCACCAACAUGGCCAUCGACCCCAAAAAGGGUCAUCUCUACAUUGGCACACAACUUGAAGUGCAGCGCCUCCCUCUGGCGGACUGCGGUCGUUACGGUCUCAGCUGUAGGGAAUGCAUCCUUUCACGGGACCCAUAUUGUGCGUGGGACGUGCACAAGAAGAAGUGCACUGCGAUCACCACAGGCAGCAUUAACACCGGAAGCCUUAUUCAGACGCUUGACCACUCCAAUGCCUCAAUCUGUGGCGAUGCUAAAGCUCCUAAAGCCCGCAGCACUAUCCCCAAAGAAGUUUUAGUAGAUAAAGAUGGGCCGGUCCUGCUGCCCUGCCCCGUUCGCUCCUAUCACGCCUCUUACCGCUGGGAGAAAGACAACUGCAUCAAGACGUACCCCUGCACCAUCUCAGGCUCCUCCUGCGUCCUGGCUCCGACCCCCGAGCUGCCCUUGAAGGAGGGUGUUUUCCGUUGUCUGGCGGAGGAGAGCGGCCUGCAGCAGGAGGUGGUGUCCUAUAAGCUGGUGUUCAACGGUGGGCCACUCUCCACCUCUCUGGCCUCCACACUGGGCUCCACUCUGCUGCUGGCUGUCACCGCACAUUGGCUCCUGUAGAUCCAGAUUAAGGAAGAAACCAGUGUUAUGCUAAGGUCAGCAGAGCAUGAGUUCAGCUUAACUGCAGGAGCGGCUGGUCUCGGUAUAAACUGAGCUUCUUGUGUCUUAUUCGGAGCAAUCACUAUAGAGCUGCACGAUUAAUCGGUAAAAAUCGCUAGCUUAAUUCAGACACCCACAUUAUAAUAGUUUAAUUAUUUUUUUUAUAUUUUAUUUAUUUAUUUUAUUUUUUUCAAAACAGUUCAGAACAAAACAAACAAAGAAAACAUUUUAAAGGAACAUGGAAGCAAAAAAAGGCAUACCAUACAAGUGUCAAAGUUCACCAAAUACAAUCUCAUUUACAUUGUUUCUAUUGUUGAUAAAAUGUUGCUAUAUAAAAUUUUAUUAAGGGUUACAUAUGAAAGAUCAACAGGCUACAAAUAUAUAUAAGUAAAAGCACCACAAUAAAAUGAAUGAUAUACAUUUUUUAACAAUCUGUAAUUUGUGUGUUUAUUAAAGCUUUGAUGAUUAUAGUUGUACAGUUGGUUCAAACCUGCAUUCGAUUUAUUUUUUUCAGACAGUGUUACUAUUUCUGUUUUAUAAAUAUUAUAAUUGCCACAGAAGGUCUGGGGUAAGUUUAAACACACUGAUGUCUACAGUAGCGGUAGAUUAAAUUAUAUUAAUUUACAUAUAAAUAUAUCUGAGAUUAAAAAAAUCUAAGCAACUUGACGCUUCAAAUGAAGGUUGUAGUAAUUACACUGUCAACUUCAACUAUUAAAAAAGUAUUUGUCACUCAAUAAUGUGUUCAAGCGAUUCAAAAAUGCUGAUUCAUCAGGUAAUGAAACGUUCCAAGUUUUUAUAAAUGAGUCGUUGAAUUGUUCAUUUAAAUUGAAGUUAAUUUAAAUUAUAACCAUUUAAAUUAAAAUUAUAUUAUUAUUAAAUUAUAAAUUAUCCGUUUAAAUUAUAUAUAAUUAUUUUUUAAUCUGCAGUUAAUUAAAAUUUCGUCUGAACAUCGAAUAAAUGAUUAUUUUCUGUAAUAAUGUCAUCUAUUCAGGAUCAUGGGAGAAUCGUGAUCUCUAAUAAUAAAUAAAUUGCGAUUUUAUCCAAAAUCGUGCAGCUCUAAAUCACAAGAUUUAUUCUUUUCUUUGAAGGGCCGAGAAAAUGCCUACUAUCGUCUCAUUUAGCGAAACGCUUGACCAUUACCAAACUCCAGUGUUAUGUAUAACAUGAACUUAUAUGUAAGUGAACUUUCAUCCUGCCAUCUGCCUGAAGCCAACAUUUAGACUUAUAUACUGUAUGUUUAAAUAUCUAAUACAUGAGGUUUGUGUACAUUGCUUGCAAAAUGUUAGUGCCAUCAUUCAGAUGUUUCAGAGGACUGCUUUGCUAAGACAUGGAAUCCCAAUCAGUUCUUUAACAGUUUGUUUUCUCAUUUACACUUUCCAGAGAAGUUCAGUCGCAUUUAGUCAAACGCAUCAGUACUAUCAAAUCAGAUUCAAUCAAAUCACACAAUAAGAAAGGCGAUUGACAGUAUGCAUAAUACGAAUCAGUAAUGCAAACAACAUCGAAUAAACGACAGAUUUAAAUUUAGCUUUAAAAUAUUAUUAUUCAGUUUAAGUUGGUUCAGUUCAUAAUAAAAGGAUUGUUCACUCAAACAUUGGUAAUUUAUUCACCCUCAGGCCAUCCAAGAUGAAAAAUCUGAUUUUUUUCUUGAGCAGAACAUUGAAGUUUUUUUUUCUUGAUGACUCACAAAGUGGAGGUCAAUGGUUUUGGUACUUGUUACAAUGGUACUUGUUAACAAUAUUAUUAUUCAUGACACCUGACGAUAUAUUUAAAUCUUGUGAAGAUAAUAGCUUGUUUUUAGGAAAAAUACAGAAAGCCUGCAUUUUGGACAAUGGUAACAGAAUUUGUCUUAUUGUUUGACUUUAGAAAAAUUAACUUAAAGUCAAGAGAAAACCUGAAAAGUUUUUCAAAAUUUGGAGUCCCUUUCUAGGAUUCCUGAAGGAAGCUGAUACAAAUCUUUUCUCUGUGUAACUUGUAUAACCUGCGAUUGAUAUACCAUUAUUGUUAUAUGAUGCACCUUUAUAUUAUUAUUGUUAUUUUUAGUUAUUUAUUUUAUUUUGUAUGUUUGAUUUUGAUUUCUGUUGUACAUGCUACAAAAAUUAAUAUAGACCGUGAGAAAAAAACUAAAACUUGUGAAUUUUGUGAAUAAGUCUUGUGAAUUAAAACUAUUAAAACCGAACAAUAUUUAUAACAUUGUUUAUAGUACAACAUAGUAUUUAUAACAACACAGCUAUGUAAUGUACAAAAUGUGUAUAACAUAACAUAUGACAGACCUCAUUGUGCUGUAUCAAUAGCUACAUGUAUGUAUUUUGUUUUCCCAAUAUGUGUACCUUUUGACCCUAAAAGUGUGCCUUUGUCUCUUAAAGGUUGUACUGAAGAAAAAAGUCACCUAUACAUCUUGGAUGGCCUGAGUUAGAGAAAAUCAACAAAUUUUGCAUAAUUAUUUCUUUAUGAAUUGACUUGUUUUUACAACUUUAGUAAAGUAUUAAUUUAUUAUUGUGUAACAUUGAAUACACCAAUGUUCAUUAUCGUUUAAUCUUUGUGCCUAACACAUGAACUAAUACAACUUGAAAUGCUAAAAUACAUUAGUUUUGCUAUUCGUUUAAGUUAAUUGGUUAUUUAGCAUACACCUAAUGGUGUUACCAAACUGAACCUUAUUUUAAAGUCUUACUCUUUUGGUAUGUAGAAUUGUAGAGGAGUACAGUACGUGCUGAAACAUAAUACUGUUAUAAAUCCUUCAGUAUUUUCCAUUGUGUGCCAUUAGGACAGUUCUGAAGCCUUAAAACAAGGAUGAGUCUCUGCAAGGGCCACAUCCGAAGCACAACUUGCAAACUGAGCAGAACCUGCAGAAUCUGCUGGCUUUGUGUUUCCAUUGAGUCAUUCCGAAUGUUAUUUCAGGAGUACAUGCAGCUGAUUUGUUUUGCGCCUGUUUGCAAGUUUGAAAUCACUUAUCAGUCACAGUUUGAAAAAUGAGCUGUAAAACGAUCCCAUACAAGACACAGAUUCAACUGCUUUUGCUCAGUGGGUGAACAGCGAUAAUAACCGGAAUCCAUAGCAAGCGGAUAGUUUCUCUCAGUACAUCACUGUGUUUAACAAACACUCUUUAAUGCCUGUACUUUUCAUGCUCAUGAAACAUCUUUCGCAUCCAUACGAAAUAAGCUUCGGUGUGUGUAAUAUAGAGUUGCAUUUUGUAGUGUAAAGGGGCUUAAUUAUGAUGUUGUUUUAAUUGUAAUGCUGCAUAUGCUGUUCUUCACCAUUGCUGCCUAUGGGAAUAGAAAGUAUUCCUGAUGGAUCUAAAGAGCCGAGGUGUUCCGAGAGCGAAUCUGCCAUCAUUUUACUUCAGACCAUUUCAUUUCAUUCCCACUUCAGCUUAAUAUCUUUAUGGUGGUCAUCAUCACAUAAAUGUAUAUUACGGAAAUGCUCAAAUUAAACAAAUUUUUAACUAGCACACUUCUAAUUCGUCAUCUAACGCACACUAUUUCUGUAUUUUCUCUCUCUCUCUCUCAGAGCAACUGACCCCAAAUGCCAAUUUUGUCUUUAACCUCGUUCUUUCCUUGCUGUAUUUUGGGAGCAGGAGUGAAUCAAUGGUGUUAGGAACUUAUUGAUCACUAAUUAACCAGAAGUGCAUUGUGUUUUCAGAUGAUGGAUGUUGUGACUCCUUAGUUAGGUCUUGUGUUGUUCUGUUUCUUGCUCUACUCAUGACAUCCUAAGCAGCUAAAACGCUAAAAGGAGUUGUCUUUGCUUUUGUACUUGAUGUUUAGACAUAUGGCAAGCCAAUAGAACAUUUAAUACUAGUUUUAAUAUUCAUGUUAUUGGUAGAUAAUAUGGUUCAAGCCCCAGCUGGGUCAUUUGGCAUUUCUGUGUGGAGUUUGGGUGUUCUGGUUUCCCCCACAUUCAUGCGCUAUUGGUGAAUUGAAUAAACUAAAUUGGCCGCAGUGUAUUUGUAAACAUAAGCUGGAUAGUUGGUGGUUAAUUCCACUGUGGCGACCCCAGAUUAAUAAAAGGACUAAGCCGAAACAAAAGGAAUGAAUAAAUGAGUAGUAGCUAAUAUAAGAUAGUAUUUCCAUAAAAUAAGUAUUAGUAUUUUUUUUUAAUUAUUGUUUAGCGACUAGUGUUUUUUUUACUAAUGGUAUUCUGGGUUCACACCAAAUGCAAAGAAAAUGGGAUUGCAUCACUAGUUUACUCGUGAGAUUCUGCUUCAAUUGAUAUUUUAACUUGUUCGAACAAUGCAUUUGAUGAAAAUUCAAUGCAUUGGUGGCAAGCACAUUGCGCAUUCCACAUCAUUCUACCCGCCUAGAGGAAAUUUGCCUAUAUUCACACUCGCACUGAAUUUAUAUGUAAUUUGCUCAUGUGAAUCCUUUAAUUUGCAUCUGGUGUGUACUUAUUAGUAGACACUAGUAACUACUAGUACUUGUUCAUUAAAUACAAGUAUUUUGUUCAUUAGUGAUGCCUCAUUCACACUAGCAGCAACUUUGUAGCUGCCUGUCGCUCUGGGUGGCGGUGUACAAACGUGCGGCCUCUGAGCAAACUGAGAGAGGAUCACCUGACUUCUAUUAGUGUUUCUAUUGGUUGACGAUAAAAAAAGUAAUUCUUCAUUUACAAAUAGUUGAAGGAUCUCUGUCGCCUCGCUUGACAUGCCCACCUUGUCGCCACUGGUUGCGUAGACGGAACUAUCAGUUGAAGUGAACAGUCACUUGUCACUUAGCCGCUUUGAGUUGCUCGUAGGGUGAAUGAGGCUUGAAUACCCUGCUGAAAAAACAGCAUAAACCAGCCUAGGCUGGUUGGAUGAUUUAAGCUGGUCGACCAGCCUGGUUUUAGAGAGGUUUUGGCCAUUUCCAAGCUAGAUUCUAGCUCAUUCAAAAUCAGCUAUGUCCAUCUUAAACCAGGCUGGUCAAGCUGAUUUUAACUGGUCAUUUUCCAGCCUGGCCAGCUAAGACCCCUAAAACUAAACCCAGCUAAACCCAGCCAACCAGCUUAAGCUGGUUUAAACAUUUUUUUUUUCAGCAGUAACAAUUCUAUUGUCACUAAUAGCAAAUUUGAAAUGCUUGCCAUUGGUUUCUAUAGAGACCGUCAUUUGUAUAUCAACGGUUCAGUUUUGAUUAGUAUGUAUUCAUUUUCAACUGUGAUUAGUACAUAAAUUUAAUAGUUUGCAUUAGUUAUUUUUAAUUUAUUUUAGUAAUUACUUUAGUUCUUUUUUGAUACCUACUAACUUUAGAAUACUAAUCCCUAUUUUAAAUAAGUAGUAGCUAAUGAAUAAGAACUAGCAUCUAAUACACACUACUAGUAUCUAAUGAAACCAAAAAAGUAUAUUUUAAAAAGGUACUCGUAUUUAAUUAAUAAGUGAAAAUGAAAUUCUAAAAAUUACUUAUAAAUUUACUUAUUAAAUUACUUAUAAAACUAGGGUCCCACUUUAUAUUAGGUGACCUUAACUAAUAUGUACACCUAAAUUAACAAUUCAUUACAAUGUACUUAUUGUGUAAAUACAUGUUUUUACAUUGUUCUUAUGCUUGAUUAAAUACCUGUAUGUAAUUACAUUUGUAAUUACACUGUUGACCAUCCCUUACACCUUAACCCACUCUUAAACCUACCAAUACCACCAAACUUGUUCUUAACCAACCCUUAUCCUAACUUAAAAGCUCCACAAGUGUUCUCAAAUACAUUAUGAACACAGUAUGUAUUUAUGUUUUGAUGUGAGUACAUAGUAGUUAAGGACACUUAAUAUAAAGUGUGACCAAAACUAGUACUAGUUGCAUUGAAAUACAUACUAGUGUGCUAUAAAGGUUAAAUGUUUAAAAGGCUUGCCAUAUUAGGCAUAAUAUCCAGAUGUUCAAAGCCAUGUAAAUAGUCCAGGGACUGACCGCGGUGUCGCUUUACAUUAGUGCGUUAGCUACAUAUGCUAGCCCAUCUGUUUGCAUGCCGAAUGCCACAGCACUGUCACCCUCUGUGUACUCGUACCUCUGUCUCUUGGCCAAAUGUGCUACACUGCACUAAAUGCAGGAACGUUGUAGUGCCAAACCAAUGUUGUGUCAAUUUUUUUCUCAAGCUUUUCUAACUUUUCCACUGUGCUUCGAAGCCAAACGUUUACAUGUAGUUAGCUGUAUCUAGACGCACACACACUGACACAUUAUUAAUAGACUCUCUAAAUCACUUUCGCCAGUGUAAAUGACACAGGGUUCUUCAAUAUAGCGCAUAAACACAACAACAAAUGUAAACAACUGUUAAAUGUUUUUUGUUUUGUUUUUUUAACUAUAUGGUGUUAUGAGGAUAACUUAAAGGGAUAAUUCACUCAAAAAUUGUUUUAGGGAUCAUGAAAGGGGGAUACCUUGAAAGUUUUUUGAAGAGAGAAUUUUCAGUUUUUGAGUGAGCUGUACCUUUAAGGCCACUGUGUUUUUGUUGUCUGUCAUUUGCUAUGCCUUGUGUUUGUUUAGGACUUGUGGCAGGGAGUGUUUUCUCAUUUAGCACGGUUUACUGCUCAAAGCAUCUUGCAGUUGUGUAAGCUUGCACUUAAUAAUUCAUAUUUAUAACCUGUUGCCAAAAGUCAUAGCAAUUUUUUCUAAAGGGAUUGAAGACAUUGUAAAAUACAGAAACAUAUAAUUAUACAAUAAAUGUUUCCCUGAAAAUGUGCAUUAAAAUAAACAACAUAAAUAUUUACU